AUGAAUUUUCCUCAAUUUUAUCAAAAUAUUCGUCAUUUAUUAGCAUUUUUUUCAUGUGUAUUUGUUUGGGGUGGUUAUUGGUUUCUCUAUGAUGAAUAUUUAUAUAUAUUUGAAGGUUAUUAUAAAACAUAUUUAUUAUUUUAUUUAAUAUCAUUUUUUUUUCUAAGUUUAAUUCAAACAUCAUCAUCAAUCAAUGGUCCAUUAAGCAAUAUUGAUGAUAAGAAUCAAUUUUUUCCACUUUAUCCAUAUUGUUGUUUCAAUAGUUCAAAGAAACAUUUCUCAAUGUAA